AUGCUUAUCUGGAGAAAGUCACCGGCACAAACUGGAAAAUAUCGAUGGCUUAUGAUGUAUACGUCGUGUUUUGAGAUAUUUUGGAGCUUGUUUGAUUUGCCGGCGGAGAUUAUUGCCCACUCCGUUGGUUGCGCCUUCAUCGUGUUCCGUAUCAACCACCCGGAUGCUAUCCUCACCCCGGACUAUUCUUCAUGGGUGGUUUUGAUCUACACCGCCAUUUUUGGCGCCUCCAUGGCUCUCUUUGCAUCCCAUUUUAUAUACAGAUAUGGGUCUAUUGAUAAAUCAUUCGGAAAAAGGUUUACAUCAGGCUGGAAACUUGGCAUCAUUCUUCUCUUCCCGGUCGUCUAUAGUCUCUGGUGGGCGGCCGUCGUGCGUAUUUGUUUUUGGCCAAACGAUGAUAUGAAGGAGUACACAAGGUGGCAUGUACUGAUAACAGAUACACAUAGCAACAGGCAGGGGAAUUACAGAGAUUUGAUAAUGAAGACCGCCGGACAGGAAGUGGAGAAUAUUAGUUACAUAGGCACAAUGUUUUAUCAGCAGAAGACGGGGAAUGAUGAUGAGACGUUGAAUCCAAUUGCAUGGGUUGGAGUGUGUCAGAUGUUCUUCAUGGUGGGCUCCUCCAUGACAUGUGUCUUUGGAUUCGGCACCCUCUGCUAUACCCGUCUCUCCACAACUCUAUCCAUCGUAUCGUCAGUUGCAAAUAACCUCCAAAAACAACUAUUCUACUCAUUAGUCCUCCAGACCCUCAUCCCCCUUGUCCUCAUGCAUAUCCCCAUUACAGUAUACUUUGUGUGUCCGAUGCUGAACAUGGACUUAGAUUUCGCCAGUGUCUUUGUGGCGUCUACUAUUACUCUGUACCCUGCCGUCGACCCGUUACCAAGUUUUUUUGUGAUUAAGAGCUAUCGAGAAGCGAUUUUUGGUGUAUUCCAAAAAAUACAAGUGAUGCCUCCGAGGAACACAUCUGUUGGAAUGACUACAAGUGCAGUGAGAUUCGAUUCGAAAAUUGUUGUAUAUAUAAUUUGA